AUGAUUUUGGAAGUCCAGAAAGCGGCCAUGGAAGUCACUGGUGAAGAUGCCGAAACAUAUGAAUCCCGCAAACUGCUGUCGAUCGACAGCAACGUGAAUGCAUCAUUGCGCAUCAAGGGGCAAGCGGAAAUCGUAGAGUGA